AGCCCCGCGGCUCAGAGGAGGAAGACGCAGGAAGGAUAAAAGAUUGCUGGGACAAUCAGGAAGCACCUGCGCUCUCCACGUGUAGCAAUGCCAAUAUCUUUCGAAGGAUAAAUGCCAUAUUGGAUAAUUCUCUGGAUUUCAGUAGAGUCUGCACUACACCUGUAAAUCGAGGAAUCCAUGAUCAUUUGCCAGACUUCCAGGACUCUGAAGAAACAGUUACAAGCAGGAUGCUUUUCCCCACCUCUGCGCAAGAUUCUUCCCGUGGCCUCCCAGAUGCAAAUGACUUGUGCCUUGGCCUGCAGUCCCUCAGUCUCACAGGCUGGGACCGACCCUGGAGCACCCAAGACUCAGAUUCUUCAGCCCCGAGCAGCACACACUCAGUAUUGAGCAUGCUCCACAAUCCAUUGGGCAGUGUCCUGGGGAAACCCCCCUUGAGCUUCCUGCCUCUGGACCCCCUUGGAGCUGACUUGGUGGACAAGUUUCCAGCACCCUCCGUUAGAGGAUCCCGCCUGGACACCCGGCCCAUCCUGGACUCCCGUUCUAGCAGCCCCUCUGACUCAGACACCAGUGGCUUCAGCUCUGGAUCAGAUCAUCUCUCAGAUUUGAUUUCAAGCCUCCGAAUUUCUCCUCCCCUGCCCUUCCUGUCUCUGACGGGGGGUGGUCCCAGAGACCCUUUAAAGAUGGGAGUUGGGUCCCGGCUGGACCAAGAACAAGCUGCUCUGGCUGCAGUCACGCCCUCCCCAACCAGCGCAUCAAAGAGAUGGCCAGGAGCUUCUGUGUGGCCGUCCUGGGACCUCCUUGAAGCUCCCAAAGACCCCUUCAGCAUAGAGAGAGAGGCCAGGCUACACAGGCAAGCUGCAGCUGUGAAUGAAGCCACCUGUACCUGGAGUGGCCAGCUUCCUCCCCGGAACUACAAGAACCCCAUCUACUCUUGCAAGGUGUUCCUAGGAGGUGUCCCUUGGGAUAUUACGGAAGCUGGAUUGGUUAACACCUUCCGUGUUUUUGGCUCUUUGAGUGUGGAGUGGCCUGGUAAGGAUGGCAAGCACCCCCGGUGUCCUCCCAAAGGGUAUGUAUAUCUGGUCUUCGAACUAGAGAAGUCUGUCCGGGCCUUGCUUCAGGCUUGCUCUCAUGACCCGCUGAGCCCAGAUGGCCUGAGUGAAUAUUACUUCAAGAUGUCCAGCCGGAGGAUGCGCUGCAAGGAGGUACAAGUGAUCCCCUGGGUCUUGGCCGACAGCAACUUUGUUCAGAGCCCAUCUCAGAGACUUGACCCCAGCAGGACGGUAUUUGUCGGUGCUCUGCACGGGAUGCUCAAUGCUGAGGCCCUGGCAGCCAUUCUGAACGACCUAUUUGGUGGUGUGGUGUAUGCUGGGAUUGACACAGAUAAGCACAAGUAUCCCAUUGGGUCUGGUCGCGUGACUUUCAAUAACCAACGUAGUUACCUGAAGGCAGUCAGUGCUGCUUUUGUGGAGAUCAAAACCACCAAGUUCACCAAGAAGGUUCAGAUUGACCCCUACUUAGAAGAUUCUCUGUGUCAUAUCUGCAGUUCUCAGCCUGGUCCUUUCUUCUGUCGAGAUCAGGUGUGCUUCAAGUACUUCUGCCGGAGCUGCUGGCACUGGCGGCACAGCAUGGAGGGCCUGCGCCACCACAGCCCCCUGAUGCGGAACCAGAAGAACCGAGAUUCCAGCUAGAGGAGCUGGCCUUGCCCAGUGGCCUGUGGCGCCUGAGGCUGGCAGGUCAGGCAGUAGUAGCCUGUACCACCCUGCCACUGGCCACCAGGGAGCUGGCUUCCCGAGGACAAGGGAAAAUCGUAGUCACCUUUGCACUUGCUGAAUCUGUCUUUGUUUCUGCACUAAUUAAUGCACAAUGAGUUUUGUCGGGUUUUGUUUUCAGGGGGUGUGCCAGGGCAAGGACCCUCAGGCUCACCCUCCA